GUCCCGCCCCGCUCCGGGGCGCCGGGGAGAGCGCGCCUGGGCCGGCGGCAGGCACGGGAGGGGGUCCCGGAGUCAGGGGGUCCCGGAGCCGGCGUCACAGUGCCCAGCACCCCACCCGCCGCCCUGGCCCCGGGCGUCUACACCGGUUUCGGCCUCCGCCGCGUCCCUGCAGCCCGGCGUGAGGUUCCGGGGGCGGAGCGGCUUUCGGAGAGAAAGGGGGCCGGUCCGCGCUGGGAGAGGCUCAGCCCUGCUUCCUGAGCGGGGAAACCGAGGCCGGGGCGGCGGGGACUUGCCCCAGGGCCAUUGAUCGGGGCGCACGGCGGUGUGGGGGCACCCCUCGGCCUCCCUCCGACGCCCUCCUGCCUGUCCGCCCGGUGAUGGGCGCACCUGUGGGGCGGAUUCCCCUUUCUCUCCCCUUCCUCUUCGCAGGGAGGUGGGGGACCCAGAGGGGACCUGCUUCCGUGCUGGGGAGCGCGCCCCUGGCCUCCAGCUCCGGGGGCCCGGCUCCCAAGCGAAGGGAAGGAAGAGUUAGGACUAGGGUUUGGCGGGGCUGAAAUCUUCCCCUGGACGCCUUCCAGAAGGUGGGAGCUUGGUUUUGCCAGGCUGGGGUUGGGGGCCAGAGGUCAGACUGGGCUGCCAAAGACGGCGGGGGCUGCCUGCUCCUGGGCGGGGUGGCUGCCGGAGAAGGCUCUUGCCUGCCCCGUCUCCCUGUUAGCCGUCCCCAGGCUGUUGCUACAUUUCUCUCUGCCCUGUUUGGACUGCCCAGCCAGUGGCUUUUGCAAUGGCCUGGGGUGGGGGCAUUGUGGCCUCAGAGGCCCCCUUCCCCGUGGUUCCAGGGGCAGUGGGUGAGGGUUUGCUGGCUGCCUGCACUCGAUGUCCUUGCCAGUCCUGGGAGGGCACUGAGGCUGCUGGAACGGGCCUACACUCAUGGCUUCCCACGGAGCCCCAGAAGCUCCAGGAAUAUGAAGGAGGACCCUGGGGCUGAUGGAGAGCAUGGAGAGUCCGAGAAGGGCCUGAUGGCUGCUCAGCCAGACGUGUGUGUGACCGGUGGUAAUGCGGGCCAGGUGGCCCAGGCCGAGGUCCCGGGGAGCGCACACUCCAGGGCUGGCCCAGGUGGUGACUGGCGCUGACGUCCCCAGUAGAGCACCCUUCAGGGAGGAAGGUGGUUUGCAGAAACAGGGAGUUCCUGGGGGCUGGGCUCUGGGCACCUGUGCUGGAAUCUCUGAAGGCCUCACCUGUGGUUCUGGCCCUGGGAUCCCCUGUAGGCAGGGGUCUCUGUGAGGGCCCCCCCCUCAGCCCCUGGGGUGCUUCAGAGUAGGGGCAAGGGUGCAGCUUUCCCAGCUGAGGAGGGGCCAGUCUUUGGGUUCCUUGGAGGGGUGCCCCCCACCCCGAGGAAAUGGCUUGUGUGGUUCUGAUGCCAGCAGGGCAUCCUGUGCCGGGCGUGUCCUGGGGUGCGGACAGGGGACAGGGUCCUGUUCUUUCAGCAAAAGUGACAGUGCACCUGACUUAGGAGACCCUGGAGCAGACCCCACUACUGAGCCAGACCACAGGCCACGGCCUCUUCAUUGGCAGCCUCCUUGUGUGAGAAAGCCUGGCUUGUUCUGCAGGGGCCUCUGCCUGGACUUCAUAGUUGUUUUCCAGGGACCAAAUCACAGUUCACCUGCUGCCCUUUCUAUGGACCUGGCAGGCUGGGUUGGCUGGCACUGGCCCUGCUGCCCCACUUGGCCCUGUCCCCAUCUCAGCCUGGAGAUUCUGGCUAACCCGGGCAUCCUCGGGACCUGGGGCCUCUGAUGGUGCUUGGAUGGGACCCUCCUGCCACCCUCACCUCUCCAGGGCAGCACCCAGGCUCAGGCCUGUGGAGUAGUGGCUUUCGGGACACUGGCUGCUAACAGCAGGUGCUUUGUUCCUGCUUUGGUCCCUGAAGAGAAGGGAGGGCCAGAGGGCAGGGCAGUCGGCAGGAGAGGCCUGGGGCUCCAUGGCUACCUUCCCCCACACCUCUGCACACGCUCCCCAGGCCCCAGGGUCCCUGAUGACUCCCAAGACUCCCAGCAAUGGCUAAGAGUGGGGCUGUUGCGAACGUGCGUUCCCUCCAUGGGGGCCGUCGGGAGGGGUAAGAAAGGCAGAUGAAGAGGAGGCGCUUUGUCACUCCAGGGAAGGGAUCCGGGGGGCUGGAAGGGAAGGAGGGGAUACUCGGCCUCUGUUCCUGCUGUGCGCCACGGGUGCCUGCAGCCUCGGGAACAGGGAUUCGCAUGUGCUCCGUGUUAUAAAUAAGGACACUGAGGCUGAGAUAAGCAACUUGAAACUGGGGCAGGGUCCCCAAGCCAGGAUGGGGUGGAACUGGGGUUCGAACCCAUUGACAGUGACUCCAGAGUACCUGCUUUUCACUUUCCCCUUAUUCCCAGCCCAGCGCUUGGGGCCGCUGAGGCAGCCCUGCGGCAGGCCUGAGCUCUGGGAGGGGCGCUCCAUCUUGCCCCUGGGCAAUGGCUGCCCUGGCUGAGGCCCAGCCCCUCCCCACGGGGUUCCAGGCGGCACCCAAGAGACCCCCACUGUCUACACCGUAGUUCUGAGCGUGUGAGGGACAGUGAUGGGACUAGAACCGCUGAGGCAGCCUUCGUUCCCACCGGGCUUGGGGCUGAGACCACGGACCCCUUCCAGGCAGGGGGUGCCCCCUGAGCCAUUCCCUGUGUGCGCAGUUAGGGUGGAGCUGCAGGGCACGUUUUCUCACCAGGGGCCGAUGCCCUGGUACAUCCAUUCGACAGAGGAAAGCAAAGCCCGGAGCGGCUCUGUGUCCUACAGCUGGGUUCAGCUACAGGAUCAGAAAAUCCUCAAGACAGCAGCUUAAUCCACAGAGAAGUUUACUUUUUCAUACAGCAAAGGAGACCAGAUGGGCAGCCUAGGGAAACAGCACAUCAUCAGCUGGUUCGUGCGAAGCUUCAAGUACUUUUACGGGCUCCGCUUCGAGGUGCGGGACCAGCACAGGCUGCAGGAGGCCCGGCCCUGCGUCAUCGUCUCCAACCACCAGAGCAUCCUGGACAUGAUGGGCCUCAUGGAGGUCCUUCCGGAGCGCUGCGUGCAGAUCGCCAAGCGGGAGCUGCUCUUCCUGGGGCCUGUGGGCCUCAUCAUGUACCUCGGGGGCGUCUUCUUCAUCAACCGGCAGCGCUCUAGCACUGCCAUGACAGUGAUGGCCGACCUGGGCGAGCGCAUGGUCAGGGAGAACCUCAAAGUGUGGAUCUACCCCGAGGGUACUCGCAACGACAAUGGGGACCUGCUGCCUUUUAAGAAGGGCGCCUUCUACCUGGCAGUCCAGGCACAGGUGCCCAUCGUCCCUGUGGUGUACUCCUCCUUCUCCUCCUUCUACAACACCAAGAAGAAGUUCUUCACUUCAGGAACAGUCACAGUGCAGGUGCUGGAAGCCAUCCCCACCAGCGGCCUCACUGUGGCAGACGUCCCUGCGCUCGUGGACACCUGCCACCAGGCCAUGAGGACCACCUUCCUCCACAUCUCCAAGACCCCCCAGGAGAAUGGGGCCACUGCGGGGCCUGGCGUGCAGCCGGCCCAGUAGCCCAGACAUGGCAGGGCAGGACCUGGGGAGGGCAGGUGGAAGCCAAUGGCUGGAGGAUGGCAGAGGGGACCCCUCCAGGCUUCCAAAUACCACUCUGUCCGGCUCCCCCGGCUCUCACUCGACCCGGGAAGCAGGAAGCCCCUUCUGUCACUGGCCUCAGACAUGGGCCCCUGGCAUCCCCUGCAGGGGGCUUAGCUGGACCCUCCCCAGGCUCGAGGGCAGGGACUCACGCCUGCGGCGCCUCUGGGAGCUGGGAUGAUGAAGAUGAGGGUUGCAGCUGUGGCCCGCAGGUGGGCUGAGCCACAAGGCCCCCGAUGGCCCAGGAGCAGAUGGGAGGACCCCGAGGCCCGAUGCACACUGUCCGAGCCCUCUGCUCAGCCGCCUGGGACCCACCAGGAUGCAGCUGGGCUCCAGGGUCCAGCCCACAAGCUGCAUCAGGCUCUCAGGGAGAGGAGGGGCUGGAGGGCCGGGAGUCCCAGACUCACGUACCCUGGGCCACAGGGAGCCGGGAAUUGGGGCCUGCUGCUCCUGCCGGCCUGGAGGACUCUGUGGGGUCAGCAUUGUACUCCGCUGCCGUUUUUUUAUAAACACACUCUUGGAAGUGGC